GUCCAUGAGCUAGAUAAGGGGCAAAUCAGACUUUGGACUCACUACUCACUACACUCCACUUUGCUUGGGUAGAAGGCCAUUACGAUCAAGGAGAGUACUAUGUUAAAGGCUGGUAGCUAAAAUGUUGGUGUGGUCAAUUACUGUCUGAAGUCUGAAGCAUUCCAAGCAGUGGAUGGUUCCGUUUCCUCUCCCAGAGAAAUCAGAGCGAGCGUUCUCUCCCAUCUGAUCUUUGCAAAACUUUCUGAAGAUAAUAACGGAUUCAAUCUCCUGUUCAUUUUGUGAAACUUCAAAAGAGGCAACAAUCCAGCAUGAUUAAAGGCAAAAGGCAGAAAGCACAGCUCUUUUGUUUAUUCGUUUCAGGACUUAUUUCCUACUUUACAGUUCAAACAGAUGCUCAGGAUUCGUGUGCGAGCCAUUGUGGAAGCAAACUGCCUCAGUGUUCUUGCCAUGUGACCUGUGAACCAUUGGGAACAUGUUGUACAAAUUACUGGAAUUUCUGCCUACGGAUAUCUCCUCAGUCAGGAACCUUAAUGGGAGGAAAAGACUUUGUCAUCGUUAACAAUACAUUUCGGCCUGAAGACCAGAUAGUCUGCAGGUUCAAGAAAUCCAUUGUUACCAAGGGGUACAUUGAGAACAAUAUGGCCCACUGCAUUUCACCGUUGCUCUAUGAAAAUGGAAGGAUACCUUUUGAGUUGUCAGUGGACAAUGGAAAGAACUACAGUCACCAGGGGACCUGGGUGUCAGUGCAUCACGGCAAAUUUCCAGACUCGAAGAAAUGCGUUUUACAGAAUGGAACCAAAUGGCAGUACUACGGUACGCCUGGUGUCACCGGGACCCUAACGCUGAAUUGGAACCGUUCGUUACUCCCAAGCAAAUUUCUAAAAGUUGAGCUCUGGGGUUACAUAGAAAAUGGUACACCUUAUUCAGAUUCCUGGAUGGGGAAUUGGACGUACCUGUACUCAAUUGGAGAAAAUGUUCAAAACAAUGGGACAUUCACUUUCACCCCCAAAUCUGCUGCAGAAAAAUAUUUGCAAUGGGAAAUUGGAAUGUUACGGCUCAUUGACCAGAAGGAAAAAGCUGGUGCGCUGAACGUGAGAGCAGUGUGGAGUCCAAGCCACGCUCUCGCCUGGCACUUGGGGGAGGAUUUCCGAAGAGAUUCUGCAGCCUGGGCAAAAGAGAAGUGCCUGGACUGGGUCAACCAUGAAAAGACCCUUCCUGACUUCCUGUCGGAGAUCGCAGAUUGCCCGUGUACGCUGGCACAAUCCAGAGCAGAUACAGGUCGAUUUCAUCCAGACUACGGGUGUGACAUUGAACAUGGGAGUGUGUGCACCUACCAUCCUGGGGCUGUCCACUGCGUUCGAGCUAUCCAAGCAAGUCCUCAGUACGGUGCAGGGCAGCAGUGCUGCUAUGAUGCCAAAGGCAGGCAGAUUCUGACCGCAGACUCCACAGGAGGGAGCACCCCAGACCGAGGGCACGACUGGGGCUCCCCACCUUACGAGAAACCCCCAAGGGUGCCCGGCUUUUCUCAUGGCAUCUAUGACGUGAUCAGUUUCUAUUACUGCUGCCUGUGGUCCAAUAACUGCAAACAAUACAUGGACCUGCGCCCUUCCAGCGACUGCAGGACCUACAGGCCACCGAAGGUUGGCACAGCGUUUGGGGACCCACAUCUCUUUACGUUUGAUGGUGCCAACUUCACCUUCAAUGGGAAGGGGGAGUACACCUUGGUGAAAGGAAAAGCAAACUCCACAAGUGGAACGUUGCAAGUCCAAGGAAGGACGGAACAAGUCAAGAAUAUCAAUGGAACAAACGCAGAUGUGACUGGAUUUACUGCUGUCGCUAUGCGGGAAGGUGAUUCCGAUGUGAUUGAAUUCCGCAUCGCUAGCCGUGACAAUGGAAGCAGCUUGGAGGUGUUGAUCAACAGUGGACCUGCAACUUUCAAGGAACAGAACUGGAUGGACCUCAAAGGGGUCUACCUCUAUUCGGCUGGCCCACAGAACGUUACUGCCAUGUUUCCUUCUGGAGCCGGCGUGGAAGCACAGAUGAGGGGCUCAAUCCUGAGCAUCAGCAUCCUGUUACUGGACACGUUUACAAACCAGACAGAGGGGCUGCUUGGAGUGAUGAACGACAACAGGGAUGACGACUUCACCUUCAGAAAUGGAUCAGAUCUACCAGCCGACGCAAGCCAGGAGAAUCUCUAUGAAUUCGGAGCCAGCUGGGCGAUUGAAAAUAAGAGUUCUCUCUUCACCUAUGACAGUCAGUUCUUGCUGAACAAUUACUUGCAUGCUCCCAAGCAUGACCCAGCCUUCACACCUAUCUUCCACGUGUCGGAGAACCCAGCGAAUCUCCUGCAUGCCAGGAUGAAUGCCCUGUGCGAAGGGAUCGAGUCUUGUCGGUUUGAUACUCUUGUAACCGAAAGCCUUCAGGUGGGAAAUGAAACAAAGCUCUCCUAUCUGAACUACCGAAAGCUGGUUGAAAGCCUUGAACCAGUCACUUCCUGUGGUGUUUUGGUAGAGCCCAAGAAUGGGAAAAAGAAAGGAACUGUUUACUUGGUUGGAUCCACUGUGAAUUUUACCUGUAACCAGGGCCAUGUUAUCUCAGGAUCGUCCUUGCGCACCUGUCUGUCAAAUGGCCAAUGGAGUGGAGAACUUACCUUCUGUAUAUCUGAGAACAUUUUGGGUAUCGUGUUGGGAACAUUGCUUGCUGUGUUUUCCCUGGUGAUGAUUGGAGUGAUCUUGUUCAUUAAUGAAAAGCGAUUGAAGAGGAAAAAGGCCAAAAUGGCUCAAAGUUCCUUUCAGAAUCCCAAUGCAGGGAAAACUGAAAAUUUGUAGCUUUCAAAAGAAAACACAUCUCCCUAGCGUUUGCAGUCUCUUGUGUCCCCCACUACCCCCAGCUUCAGCAUGGACAGACACUUUGCCUUUCCGUCAGCCCAGUCUGCGAGAUGGAUCUCUUUCUUUUGACUUCAGAAGUCUUCAGAAAAAUGGAAAAUGGACUUCUCAGAUGGAAUAGGAUAAUCUCUCAGGCAGCUCUGGGCACUACCUGAGAAAUUAAUUGAAGUGGUGGCCUGUUCAAAUGAUCAUGUUCGUAAUACCUGACCAGCUAAAAUUUUCACUAACGUUUGCUUACAAUGGUAUAAAUACUAGACUUUAACAGAUUGCUCAGUACAAGGCAGGAUUUAUUGACGAGGCUGAGAGCAUUGGCCUACUGUAUAUUUUGACUUUGCCCUUUCUUCAGGAUGUUGGGAAUCUUUAGUUCGUCUGUUGCAAAAAAGUUAAGUGUUAAUUUUUCCAACCCUGUUGCUCGUCCAAUUCCCUCACGCUUCAGAUUUCAAUUUCAUUUGAACUUUAAAAGAAAAUCCACCCGAAUCACUUCAUUUGUCUAAGUCUACUGCACAAGGCUAGCUUAAUCUCCAAAACAUGCAACGACUCAACACUUCAUCUGCAGAAACAGGCAUGUCAUACGCUACUGUUGUUGCCCCAAGCAAACGUAGGCACAGCUCAGGUGAGCUGUGCAAUGAAGCUCUCCCAGUACUGCCCCAACAAUAUGGCUACAUUUCCAGGCUUGCUGAAGAUCACACCUAUAAAAUUCCAUUCCUGACAACAGGUAUUCCUGCAGCUUUUUGAGUGAGAUUACUGAAACGUUGUUGAAGUGAUUUUUUUUUAUAUCUCUGGCUUGUGAAUUUACUUUUUUAAUCAAGAUUCUGCCAGCUAUGUUGAGUCAGACUUUUAGUCCCUCAGACUGAACUGAAUUCAGGGAUGGUGGUCUAUCCUCUCCUGCCUAUCUGUAUUUCAGCUCUUAAAUAGGAUCAUAUUUUUCAAAAAUAGUAUGGUUUCCUGAAAAAUGAUAACAUAUCUUGCUAUCAUUGUUAAUUUUUGUAGCAAUAUGAUCCAAUGGAUACUGCAGGUUUUUUUAAAAGUUCUUGACUAAUGGAAGAAUUUGUUUUAUUCAUUGUCUAAGUCAACAUUAUGUAAUUUAAUGAUGCAUAAUUGCUGAUCAGAUUAAAAGCAACUGAGAUUUGUAUUUUACUGUGACAAAUAUAUUUGUUUAUUUUGUUGAAUUGCCUGUUAUGGUGAUAUGUGAUUCUUGUUUCUAAAGUGGACUUACUGAUAUUGCCCAUUUUCUGAACCCAGGUGUCUCCAAGCUUGGUGUUGUUCAGUCAGGAGCGUCCCAGAGAGAGGGUGCCUUUUUUCCAUGAAGGGUCUUUCUGAAGAGGUUACCCCUUAUCAGGGAUCCAAUCUCAAUCAUAGGGUGCCACUUAAUAAGUGUGAUCAGAACCUUUCCUUAAAAAAACAACUUAAACAACUUGUAGUCUGUUUUUAAAUAUGACAGUGAAAAGACCAUUAACUAUUUCAG